AUGAAAUCACAGUGGCUUUUGGAGCCAACAGAACGUGAAAUAGAAUUAGUACAACAAUUACAUGAAGAUUUUAAUAUAUCUGAUAAUACCUUUGGCCUUCGAGAAGAGUUAUUAAAUAUUCGAAUUAAACGUAAAAACCAACCGCAAAAAAAUCAUAUAGAAGAUAUAAAAACUCACAGAGAAGAAGAAGCAACUAAAAUGUUUUUAAACUUGUUUCAAAAUUAA